AGUUCGAGAGAGCGCAUGCGCAUCGGUGCGAGCUCCGGCACCUAUGCCAUAAGUGGACGCAUGCGAGCAAAGAAAAGGCCGCCUAUUUUUGAAGGAUCAAUGGAUACCAACCCUCCACUAAGAUCAUCAGGAAGACAGGUCAAGAAGAAAACUUUUGAAACUGAGGAAGAGGAAGAGGGUUCUGAAAAGAAAUAUAGGAAGUGUGAAAAAGCUGGCUGCAGUGCAACAUAUCCUGUUUGUUUUGCAAGUGCUGCAGAGAGAUGUGCUAAAAAUGGUUAUACAUCACGCUGGUACCAUUUAUCUUGUGGGGAACAUUUCUGCAAUGAAUGCUUUGAUCAUUGUUACAGAAGCCACAAAGAUGGAUAUGAGAAGUAUGCGACUUGGAAAAGAAUUUGGACGAGUAAUGGCAAAAGUGAACCGAGUCUGAAAGCAUUUAUGGCUGACCAACUAGUUCCUUACUGGGUACAGUGUACAAAGCCAGAUUGUGCAAAAUGGCGUCAGCUAACAAGGGAUGUCCAGAUGACUACAGCAUCUGCAAAAACAUACCGUUGUGGCAUGAAAACCCAUACUGCUGUUAAGAGUGAAAAUUCAGAUCCUUGCUCUUUGUCUGAAGACAUGCGAGUGAGUGAAGUUGGAGAUAGUAAGUGGUAUUCCAUGCUUAUUGUGCCCCCGCUGCUGAAGGACAGCCCAGCAGCCCCCUUUCUUGGUGCUUACUACCCGGACUGUGUGGGUAUGAGUCCUUCCUGUAGCAACACGAAUCGUUUCCACAAUGAGUUCUCUAACAUGAAAAUGAUCUCAUCAGAGCACAGCAAAAAGAAUGUGCAGUCACCAGGUAAGAUGUUCCUCAUCAAACUUCUGACAAUCAACUUGGCACUCAGCAGAUAUCCACCCCCAGACAAAUAUGGCAGCUUUGAAAUGCCAGUUCUCAUUGAUGGACAGAAUCAGAACCUGGCAAAUUUGGGGACCAAAUCACCGCGUUUCUCUGACAGGGACCUGGAGGACCUAAUGGACAGGUUGGUGCAAAUUAGAGGUGUUCUCUUCCUGGAAGACUAG